UACGACCACAACCACCAUGUCUCGUCCCUCGCGGACACAAUCCUCCCGCCUGGCCACAGGCCUCUCUUUCUGUUUCCUCCUUUUCCUCGCCCUCAUUUGUCUCUGCCCUCCCGUCAACGCCGAGGACCAAAAGCAGGAAUAUGGCACUGUAAUUGGUAUUGAUUUGGGUACUACUUACUCAUGUGUCGGAGUACAGCGAGGAGGACGUGUCGAGAUUAUCGCGAAUGACCAAGGCCACCGUAUCACACCAUCAUGGGUGUCCUUCACUGACGAGGAACGAUUAAUCGGUGACUCUGCGAAGAAUGCCUUCCACUCUAACCCUGAAAACACCGUCUUCGACGCUAAGCGACUCAUCGGUCGCAAGGCGGGCGACCCUGAGACCAAGCGCGAUCAGAAGCACUGGCCCUUCAAGGUUACUGAGAAAGGUGGAAAGCCCGCGGUCUCCGUGUCGUACAAGGGCGAAAUGCGUGAUUUCAGCCCUGAGGAAAUCUCCGCCAUGGUCUUGACGAAAAUGAAGGAGACUGCCGAGGCUUACCUUAACAAGAAGGUCACCCAUGCUGUCGUCACCGUCCCGGCCUACUUCAACGACGCCCAGCGUCAGGCGACUAAGGAUGCCGGCACCAUUGCUGGUCUCACUGUCCUUCGUAUCAUCAACGAGCCCACUGCCGCUGCUAUCGCCUACGGCCUUGACAAGAAAGGCGGCGAGUCUCAGAUCAUCGUCUACGAUCUCGGCGGUGGAACUUUCGAUGUCUCCCUCCUCUCUAUCGACGAGGGCGUCUUUGAGGUAUUGGCCACGGCCGGUGACACCCAUCUCGGUGGUGAGGACUUCGACAACCGUGUUAUCGACUACCUCGUCAAGCAGUACAAGAAGAAGACCGGCACCGACGCGACCCCCAACCUCCGGGCGAUGGGCAAACUGAAGCGUGAGGUUGAGAAGGCGAAGCGUACUCUCAGUUCGCAGCAGAGCACCCGCAUUGAAAUCGAGGCGUUCGAGAACGGCAACGACUUCUCUGAGACCCUCACUCGCGCCAAGUUCGAGGAGCUGAACUUGGACCUCUUCCGUAAGACGAUGAAGCCUGUUGAACAGGUUCUUAAGGACGCCGGUGUCAAAAAGGAGGACAUUGAUGAGGUCGUUCUCGUCGGCGGUUCGACUCGUAUUCCUAAGGUCCAGCAGCUGCUCAAGGAGUUCUUUGGUGGCAAGGAGCCCUCCAAGGGUAUUAACCCCGAUGAGGCUGUCGCGUAUGGUGCUGCUGUCCAGGGUGGUAUCCUCUCUGGCGAGGCUGGUACUGAGGAUGUCGUUCUUGUCGAUGUUGCCGCCCUUACCCUUGGUAUUGAGACAACUGGUGGUGUCUUCACGAAGCUCAUCCCCCGUAACACUGUCAUCCCCACGCGCAAGUCCCAGAUCUUCUCGACGGCCGCAGACAACCAGCCCACUGUCUUGAUCCAGGUCUUCGAGGGUGAACGUUCGCUGACGAAGGACAAUAACCUUCUUGGAAAGUUCGAGCUCUCCAGCAUUCCACCUGCACCCCGUGGUGUUCCCCAGAUCGAGGUCACCUUCGAGGUUGAUGCGAACGGUAUCAUGAAAGUCUCCGCCGCCGACAAGGGAACUGGUAAAUCCGAAUCUAUCACGAUCACCAACGAAAAGGGCCGUCUCUCCAAGGAAGAGAUCGAGCGCAUGAUUAAGGAAGCCGAAGACUUCGCCUCCGAGGAUGAAGCCUCCCGCGCACGCAUUGAGGCACUCAACUCGCUCUCGUCGUUUGUCUACAGCCUCAAGGCGCAGCUUGGCGACCAGGAAGGGCUCGGCGGCAAGAUCAGCGAUUCGGACAAGAAAACAUUGCUCGCGCUGACGAAGGAGACGACGGAGUGGAUCGACGAGAACGGCGCGUCGGCGACUGCGGAGGAGCUCGAGGAGAAGCUCACCGAAGUGCAGGCGGUCGUGAACCCGAUCACAAGCAAGAUGUAUGAGGGCGCGGGCGCUGGAUCGAGCUACGAGCCUGGUCCGGACGAUGAGCAGGAGCCGUUCCACUCGCACGACGAGCUUUAGGACCUGGUGUAUACAAUUUGGGUAUUUUCAAGUAAUUAUUAGAACAGAUUCUUGCCCAUC